AUUUAAAAAAUAUUAAUAAAAAGAAAUGGAAUUAAUAAAGAAACAAGCACUUUUGAUGUAACAAGAUAAAUUAUUCAUUUAAGAUUUAGUGUGCUCGAAAAUAUUACAAAGACUUGUUUUUAGCAUCGUACAUUGCUGAGGGAAGCCUUAAAUUUCAUGGAAACAGCAGCAAUCAUGUCGGCUCCGGAAAUUGAAGUUGUUAAUAUUAACAAUUUUGAGAAAAUACAAAAUUUCCUAAAUGAUUCAGCCUACAAGGAGAUAUUGGAGAAUAGUGAAAACUACAAUACUCGUCUGUGCAUAGAACGACGUUUGCGAAUGCCCUUCUUAGAUCCACAGACAGGCGUUGCACAGACACAUUGUGCUCUGUUUGUUAAGCAAAAACAACGUAUGCCUGGUUUUCGUGAGGGACAAAUCUAUACAUAUCCCUCGAAUAGAUGGCGUAAACCGAAAAGACAAUAUUUACUCAAUCACCAUCACAGCUAUCGUCAUUAUCAAUAUCGUGAAUCUAAUAACCAUCAUCACCACCACUACACGGCCUCAACAGGAGCUGGAGCCUCAAGUCGUGAUCACAGUGAAAAUGCAGCUUUAACUGCCGAUGGCAACUCGAUGAGUGCUUCUGGCGAUAAUGAUAGCAAAGAUUCCCAUGCGAAUGCCGAAAAGGAGGGAUGGUUCCAUGAAGAUAUCGAAAUGUCCUAUCACCACCAUGUGGAUGAUUUUGAAGAUGAUUUCGAGUCUGAUAAUGACUUUGAUGAGUCGUAUAGUGCAAGAGGAAAACGUAAACGAGGAGGUGGUGGCACUCGCUGGCGUAAAGGGAACACUUCCGUGGAUGGCACCCCCAAACGUGGUCGCAAAGGUGGCGGCACUCGUCGUCGUGGCGGUUCUAAUGCUGAAGGUGAUGGUACUGGUGAACCUAUACGUCGGCGCCGUGGUGGAGGAGCUGGUUCUAGUUCUAGUUCGGCUGUAGGAAGUACAACUGCUGCUGCGGCCGCUGCAGCCGCCGCAGUUGUUGCGGCUGCUAGUGUCGCUGUAACCAGCAUAAAUCAUUCCAAUUCGGCCUCACCAAUUACAAAUACCGAUGAUUCCUCUCAACCAGGUUUAACAUUACCAUCAAGCAUCAAUCCCCCGAUUGCAACGGCAACAACAUCCACUUCAAUACCACCACAAAUUGAUAAUUCUUCUUCGAGUCAUGCAACAGAUGCCUCCAUGGGCUUACCAACCGACAGUAAUUCAUCUGGUGCAGUGCCAGCACCACCAGCGGCCACAGCUGCGGCUGCUGCCGUUGUAGCAGCUGCAGCUGCAACCGCUACAUCACCAGUUGCAGUUGCAGCAACAGCUACAGUUGCAGCCAGCACUUCGGUGGCUGCACCUGCAGCUAUCACUGCAAGUCCUCAGAAGACCGGUGCCAAGACUAAGGUUCGUUCUAACGAUCGGGAAAUUGCACAGCCAUCUCCAUAUUGUGAUUUCUGUUUGGGAGAUCAGCGAGAAAACAAGAAAACCAAUUUGCCCGAAAUAUUGGUAUCGUGCUCAGACUGCGGCCGUUCCGGCCAUCCAUCGUGCUUGCAAUUCACUCCGAAUAUGAUAAUAUCGGUUAAACGUUAUCGUUGGCAGUGUAUUGAAUGCAAAUAUUGCUCCAUUUGUGGUACUUCCGAUAAUGAUGAUCAAUUGCUGUUUUGCGAUGAUUGUGAUCGUGGUUAUCACAUGUAUUGUCUGUCGCCACCAUUGGUUACACCACCCGAGGGUUCUUGGAGCUGUAAAUUAUGUUUGGAAGAAUUCCACAAAGGCGAUAAUAAUUAGUGUAUCUACUCAAACACAAAGUAAAUUAUGAAAUGAUAUUCAUUUUUAAUUUAUACAUGUUCUUUUAAUUUUGGUCUUUUGUACACUUAUUUUAAGUUGUAAUAAGUUAAUGAAAGUGUAUGAGUAUUUUUUUUAUACAGAUUCCAUGGCAGCUUUGUACAAGUACACAUACUAUAUUUAAGUACAACAUGUAUUUUCUUUAUUUUACACACAUUUCCUUUGUCCUUGAAGAGAAGGAUAGUAUUUUCUUUUAGUAUUCUCAUUUUUUUUAACAUGUGUUUAUUUAUUACAUUUUGUCUCAUUGCAAUCUCCAUUUUAUUUUUUCUAUUUUGGUUUAGUUGUGAGGUUUUAAGAUAAUUCCUUAGAUUUUUUGUGUUCUUUAAUGUUUUUUUUUUUAGUUUUAAUUAAGCAAUAUCAUCUUUUUAAGGAAAUCCUCUUGUAAUUUCAAUUCAAACAUAAUAAACAACUAAAAUAUCAUUAAAAUUAAAAAAUAAA